CAGGAUAUUAUGGACUCUUCGUACGAUGUGCCUGACUCUACAGACUGGAUAGGCACUUCCGUACCUGACCUCGCCGCUCUCGAAAACGCGCUCCAUUGUCAAAUAUGCAAAGAGUUCUAUGACACGCCGAUGAUCACGACUUGCAGCCAUACCUUUUGCUCAAGAUGUAUACGAACCUCACUUUCUUCCGACGGCAAAUGCCCGGUAUGUCGAGCCUCAGACCAGGCUAGCAAGCUGCGCAACAAUUGGGCGAUCCAAGAAGUUGUCGCUACAUUCAUUAAUGCACGACCGAAAGCGCUAGAAUUGGCGCGCAAAGCACAGCAGGAUAUAGAGCACCCAAAGAGGAAGGGCAAGCGGAAACGGACAGCGGUGGAUGACUCAGAUGAAGUAGUGGAAGGAGAAACAUUAGGUCGGACGACAAGAAGCAAGAGCCGGCGCAUGGCCAAUCCUCAGAGCUCUCAGCCUGAAGCUAUCGAAAUCGAGGACAGUGAGGACGGCGGUGAUGAAUCAUUCCAGCCAGAUGCAGAGCCUGAGCGACCAGCGGACGGCUUGGUAGCAUGUCCGCUAGGUUGCGGCAAGCGCAUGAAGGAGGAAGAAGUAUUCAACCAUCUCGACAAAUGUGAAGACGAGCAGACGCAAGCAAGCAAGGCGAAGUCGAAGACAAAUUUGAACGGCGUGGCAUCGAAACCUCCAUCGAGACAGAAUUCACGUCCUCAGGACCGCAUCAAUGAGCUGAGCUAUGGGAUGCUAAAAGAGACAGCUUUGGCCAAGAAGCUCAAGGAACAAGGCCUUCCGAACUUCGGCUCGAAGCAACUUUUGAUAAGUCGACAUAAAGAAUGGGUCAAUAUCUGGAAUGCAAAUUGCGACUCGAAUGACCCUCGUUCACGAAGAGACUUGCUCCGUGACCUGGAAGUAUGGGAACGAACACAAGGCGGGAAAGCGCCACAAGGAAAUGUCUUGAGUGGCUCAGUCAUGCGGAAGGAUUUCGACGGCGCCUCCUACGCAAAGCGUCACCGCGAUGACUUUAGCCGGCUGAUAGCUGACGCCAAACGGAAGAAGAACAAUCCAGCGACUGAGAACGAAAAAACGAAGGAUACUGAGAAUUCGAUGGAAGCAGAGAGGAAUGGACUCGCAAAAGGGACCACAAGACCAGAUGGCAGGCGUUUCAGGUGACCCCAAGCCAUACGAGCAUGAUGCUGAGGCUCUGUCUCGUGUACGGGAAAAAGUCAACGCGAUCAACGAAGGGAAGACUGUCGAACCACAGCACAAUGAAGGUUUCCGACUACCAAUACCGGAUAUUCCAACAACAGAAACCAAGACAAUCAGCAAUUCCUCACUCAGCCUCGCUGCCAGCAUCAACGACAAGCCUCAAGCUUCGCCCAAUAAAACGCCGCCGAGUACGGUUGCCAAUGGCGCAUUGCAAAGAGAUGAUUCCACAGCUUCGUCUCAGGCACCUUCUCGAGCCUCGAGAAGAGAUGAGCAUAUAAUUCGAGAGCGGUCUGGGUCUGCAUGCGAUAUUCCAGCCCAUCUAACGGCAAGCUCACCUAAAAGAGUGCCUAUGUUUGCUGUUCCGGAACAGCCUUUCAAAGAUGUUGAUGUCGGAGAGACUUCUGCAUCGCCUGGAGGAUAGAUAGUUGGAUAUCAAAUAUGCCACAGCUCCAGUCAUGGAGAGACAGGACAUGACAAAGAAGAACCAGAAUCUCAGCGUCAACUUUCAUCUAUCCGCCACACGAGGCUGAAUGUGAUUCAUCUUGACAAACCCAGACUUGUAACGACUGAUCUCGCAUUCGUCGGACACGACUAAUUCCCAGUAACU